AUGACGCUCUAUUAUAGCCUUGUUUUUCUUCUCCUGGUCGUCGAGAUGGUCAUUUUUGUUGGCCUCAUCAUUCCGCUUCCUUUCACCGUGAAGAAGAAAUUGUUUACUUUCAUCUCCGAAAGCCCAGUUAUCGCGAAGCUCCAGUAUGGCAUGAAGAUUACCUUUAUCUUCAUCCUCAUCCUCUUCAUCGACAGCGUUAACAGAGUCUACCGUGUGCAACUCGAGUUAUCCGCAUACUCAAAGGAACUGGGUGGAGCCGGGCGCAGAAGUGCCGCCCUAGGAUCUGAACGGAUGGAGGUCCAAGCACGCAAAUUCUACUCUCAGCGCAACAUGUACCUCUGCGGGUUUACGCUUUUCCUCUCCCUCAUCCUCAACCGCACUUAUACAAUGAUCCUCGAAGUACUGCGCCUGGAGGACAAAGUAAAACAACUACAAGGUGACAAGGGGGCUGGUGGCAAGGAUUCUGCCAAAUUGGCUGAGGCGGGCGAUGCUGGUGAAAUUGGCCGUCUGCGCAAGGAACUCGCAGCCCGAGAGAGAGAUAUCGAUGCGCUGAAGAAACAGGCUGAGGGCUUGUCGAGGGAAUACGAAAAGUUGAGUGAUCAGGUCUCAAGUCAAAACCCUGAUCCGACACCAAAGAAGGACCGGUAA